AAUUUCAAGUGAAAAUAAACCAAUCCAUCCUCUCCCACACAAACACAAAAUCGUUACGAUGUUUUAUUUAAAUUAAUAAAAUCGUCAAAAGUCGUUACUGCAAUGGAUCCACCACUGAAAAUUUGGUAAUUCAGGCUUCAUAACUUCCGCCCACCGCCGCCGCCGCACCUCCGACUGAAAACCCUGCUAAAACCCAGAUCAAACGGUUACCAUAUGUGGUAACGAACAUGAAUAUUCAAUCUUCUCCACCACCAUUAUGCAGAAAUUCCUUCAUUCCCAAAUCUUUCGUGCAAUCAGACCCCAAAACUUCACUGCGAAAUCCAACUUCUCUUCAUUUCCCGACGAUGCCCUCGAAGAUUCCAUCUCCAACAAAGUGCUCGCCCUCAUAAAUUCUGCACGCCCCAUCGAGCCCGCUCUCGCCGAGCUAUCCCCGUCGCUCAAUCGCGAAGUCGUUAUUUCAGUCCUCCAAUCCCAGGCCCAACUGAAGAAGGACCCGGUGAUUGGCUUCCGAUUCUUCAUCUGGGCUUCCGAUACGGCGCGUUUGCGAAGUAGCUUCUCGAAUAAAUUGAUGGUUGACAUACUUUUAAGCGGCGGAAAUGUGAAUUCGUUGGAUUUGUGCUGGAGCGUUCUUGAUGAGUUGAGGAAUGAGAAUAUGAGCAUCUCAGCGAAUGCGUUUGCGGUCUUGAUUUUGGGUUAUUGGAGGCUGGGAAACGCGGAGAAAGCGGUGGAUGCUUUCGGUAGGAUGAAGGAUUAUGAUUGUGAGCCGAAUUUAUUUGCUUGCAAUGUUAUUCUUCAUGUUUUAGUUCAGAAAAAUGUGAUAUUAUUGGCAUUGGCAGUUUAUAACAUGAUGCUUAAGUCGAAUAUUGAUAUGGGGUGCGAUACGUUCAACGUUUUGAUUGAUGGGCUGUGCAAGAAUGAGAUGACUGAGGCUGCCCUCAAUUUGUUUGAUGAAAUGACUAGCAGAGGGAUUCUGCCGAAUAGGAUCACAUACACAGUGGUAAUAUCAGGGUUGUGCAAAACAAAGAGGGUUAGUGAUGCAUAUAAUCUGUUUAAUGAGAUGGUGAAUAGUGGCUGUGAGCCUGAUCCUGCUACGUACAACACUUUGAUUGAUGGUUUCUGUAAGCAAGGCCUGAUAGACGAGGCCUGUGUGCUCUUGAAAUCAUUUCAAGCCGAUGGGUAUGAUGUCGGGAUAAAGGGGUUUAGCUGUCUGAUUCAUGGUUUGGCGAAAGCCAACAGGAUUGGUGAGGCCGAGGAGUUGUUUCAGAGAGUUCUCGAGGUAGGUUUAGAGCCCGACGUUGUCUUGUACACUAUUAUGAUGCACGGAUUGAGUGUUGCUGGAAGGAUGAAAGACGCAGUGAAUCUGUUUAGGGAUAUGCUAGGAAAAGGUGUAGUUCCCGACACUCAAUGUUACAAUGUGUUGAUCAAGGGGUUCUGCGACUUAGGGUUGUUGGAUGAUGCUGAGUCUCUCAAGCUAGAGAUUUCCCAGCACGAUCAGUUCCCUAACACGUGCACUUACACAAUUCUUAUCUGUGGUUUCUGCAGAAACGGUCUGCUGGUAGAGGCUCAGCAGAUUUUUAACGACAUGGAGAAGCUAGGCUGUUCACCUUCUGUUGUGACGUUCAAUGCCCUGAUUGAUGGGUUGUGCAAAGCAGGGAAGCUCGAGGAAGCUCAGCUUGUGCUGUAUAAAAUGGAAGUUGGGAGGAGCCCGUCAUUGUUUCUUCGCCUCUCUCAAGGUGCCGAUCGCAUCCUUGACACUGCGAGCCUGCAGAAGAAGGUUGAAGAUAUGAUGGACUCUGGCUUGAUUUUGAAAGCUUACAAUCUUUUGAAGAAGCUCGCUGAUAGUGGGGUCGUCCCAAAUGUGCAGACAUACAACACUUUAAUCCAUGGCAUGUGCAGGGCCGGGCAUAUCAAUAUUGCCCUUAAGCUCCUGGAGGAGCUCCAGCUCAAGGGUCAUUCCCCCGAUUCUGUGACAUAUGCAACGCUCAUAUAUGCGCUCCAAAGGGUUGACAGAGACAGGGAUGCGUAUAAGCUCUUUGAACAGAUGAAUGCAAAUGGAUGCAAACCUAGUUCGUCCGUGUACAAAACAUUCAUGAGUUGGUCUUGCAGGAAGAGGGAGAUGUCUGUCACCAUUAGUUUCUGGUUAAAGUACUUGAAGAACCGAGCUGGUGUGGAGGACGAAGUAUUACAGUCAGUCGAAGAAUGUUUUGCGAAGGGUGAAUUUGAACAAGCUGUGAGAAACUUACUUGAGAUGGACAUCAAGUUGUCAGAUUUUGAUUCAGCAAUGUAUGACAUUUGGCUGUUCGGACUUUGCCAGGCUAAACGAGCAGAGGAGGCUCAGAAGGCGUUCUACGUUCUUGAGGAGUUCAACGUGCCCGUUUCUGCCCCUUCGUGUGUGCUGUUGAUUCGCGCUCUCUGCUUCAAAAGAGAACUCAAUAAAGCAGUCGAUAUCUUUCUCUACACCCUGCAGAAAGGCUACAGACUGAAGCCACGGCUCUGUAACAAUCUAGUCGAAGCGCUCCUCAAAUCGAAGGAUAAAGUGAUACUUGCUUUGGAGCUUCUUGACAGAAUGAAAUCUGCUGGUUAUGACCUAAACUCUCAUCUUUAUCCAAGAACAAAAUCCCUUUUGCCCCACAUUUAUAGUUUGCUGAAAGUGGAGAAUGCGGCAGCUAGAUAGUCUGUUGUACAAUUUGAAGCUUUUUGUUAGAUUUGGUGAUGUUUCUUCUCUUAGCUUUACAAUUUUUGGUAAUGGAGGCUGACAGAUUUGUUUUGAACGCUGAGAAAACGAUGGGAGCGAUGAUUGGAAAUUCCACAUCCUCGAUUUUGUAGCUUUGUACCUAUACCCUCAUUGUGUUGUAAGAAAUAAGGGCAGAAAUUGUUUUUGACACUUCAAAA